AUGCAGCUGGGGUGUUCAAACAACCUUUGCGCUUACACGUUUCAGUAUGGUGAUGGAAGUGGCACCUCAGGGUUCUACGUCUCUGAUCUCUUGCAGUUUGACAUGAUUGUAGGAAGCUCUCUUGUCCCUAACUCAACUGCUCAUUGUGAAGUGGGUUUUCCUCGACCGACACCUGUGAAGGCUGUGGGAGAUCAGAAUGAUUAUUGA